AUGACACAUUUAAGUGACUUUUCUUAUCUACAAAGAGUUGCAUUAGAGAUAUACAUGCUUGCAUUUCUUGCAUCAAGAGUGUGGGCAACAGACCGAUUUAGAUGUUUACAUCCAAAGAGGAUCAUUCAUGGAGAACUUCGAAGCGUUAUCACAGUCAUAUAUUUUCUAGUAGCGUUGAUGCAGAUGACGUGGGAUGUAAUAUCAACAUGGAUAAAAUACUCUGAAAAGUUUGUCCAAAUCCCAAAUACAACCAUGAUUAUAUCAAAACCAUUUGACUACUGGACACCACAACAUCAAUAUAUCGCUAUGUCAAUUGACUAUCUUGAAUGCGUUACUUUAUCUAUGCAAACUGGCAUCUUCUUCCUCCUUCAAUGUUUUUGGCAUUACUUGUCAACGAAUGUGGCCAAGAAAUCGUUCAUGGGCUCCUGGGAAUUUAGGUUCUAUAUCUUUUGGGCGCUUGGAAGCGUGGCUGUGUUCCCCAUCUUACAAUGGACCUACAGAGAUAAUGUUAUUAAAAGGGAAGCAAUCCCUCAACUAGCCUAUAGUACUGAAAUACUUAUCGCGGCUCUAUUGGGUAUUCGAUCACAUUUUCGAUUUAAUAGGAUUAUAAACAUUGCCCGUAACAUGAAGACUGGAAGCACAGCUGUGACAGAAAAAAUGGCAUACUUCAAAGACAUGAAUCUCUUCAUAACCGCCGUUCUCUUUCUUUACGCCUUCAGUUUAGGCACUCUCUGCGUGGAUGGAUUGACAGAAGGGAUGGUCAUCAAUUCCAAUAAAUUUUCUGCAGAUCUUUUGAUUUCAAUCGUUGAUACAUGCUCUAUACUGAUAUGGAUUGUGGGAAUCUGUAUUUUCCAUCCUCGUCGUUCUACAGAAGAAGCAGACAUCAGCGCUCUUUCAAAAAGCGGCACUAAUCAAGACGUCGAAACAAAUAAUGGAAACAGGUUUGGUGCGUCAUUCGAUAAUACAAAUAAUAACGGAAGUACAAGCUCAAGACUAAGUCAACGUGUCACACAUUUCAUAGAAAAUAGAAACAGUGGCCGUCUUCAAGCAUCUCGUGGGUUUAUCAGGCCCAUGUCCCCUGUUGAAGUUGAUUAUCCUACGACCACGACUAUGGCAGCCACAUUGACAGAAGGCAACACGGGCUUUUCUGUACUAGAUCCUAACAGUAAACGAUACAACAUUCAGCCAUCAAGAACUUCUUUUGAAUCAUCCAAACAAGAUUUCCCAAUGCAUACUAUGAGCGGUGCUGCAGCUGCAGCUGCUAAUCGGGAUUUUAGAUUUGAUCCUAUAACUGAAAAAGAUAGCGACGAUUAUGAUUAUAUGGUUACUUCUCAGGACUGGCCAAGACAACCAAUGCCCAAUAGACAAGGAUAG